GGCACACAACCAACACACAGCUGACCUGCAACUUCUGCACAGAGCCACCACCACAGGAAUUCCGCGUGUGGUUGUUAGGUGAGGGCUUUGAUCGAGGGCACCUUCUCCAAACGUGCGCACUUCGAUUGUCAGUUCGCACCAAAAAAGCAUGGCAUCCAAGAACAACAACCCCGACAGCGGCGACGGCGCCGACGGCGCCACCGCCUCGCUGCUGGAGGACUUCGUGGGCUUCCUGAACGAGGCAUGGACGGCCUACCACGCCACCGCCGAGGCUCGCCGUCGCCUGCUGGCGNCGCCGUCGCCUGCUGGCGGCCGGUCCGGUAG